AAUAAAUGAUUGACUCAGGACAGAACUGGAGCGGAACACCAUGGAGAAAGAGAACUACGCCGCCGCAGAGAUCGAAGAAGCAACCACCGACGACGGCGGCGAUGCUCCCACCACCACCGCCGCCGCCGCUGAUUCCGACGAGUCUUCGCUGCUAUUACCAAACCCUCCCAGGACGAGGACGGUGCGGACCAAGGUCCCGGAGGUGGAGGUCCACCUCUACCGGCGAGGCAAAGGUCCGAUCGACGUAUUCAAGUCGGGUCUGGGCGGUUGGGACCAGAACCAGCUUGAAAUCGGUGACAUACUCGACAAAUACGGCUUCAAAUCGGUCUUCGCCUUCAACCCCCAGACGGGUCGCGGAGCUCCGAUCCGGUUCAACCCGAGGAAUGGCCGAUCUGUGUUGCCCUACAACGAUGGAUCCGUAAUUUUCAUCGAUGGUGAACCCAAGGACUCUCUACUUAAACCCAUUACGAAGAUCUUGAUAGGGGUCGCAUUUAUAACCUUCACGAUAAUAUUUGUCAUGAAGGAAAAUCCAGAAUGGAUGCAAAAAUUAUACUUAUCAGGUGGGAGAAUUCCUCCAUGGGUCCUGGCUUGUGUGGUUAUUGUUUUCACUCGCUUUAGGAAGAGAACUAGAGACUUCCCAAGAAAACGUGGUUGGUGAACGGCCAGAGGCCGAUGGGAUUUUAACAAAUUUUGUAAGUUUUGAUGAAAUCUUCUUUUUGUAUUGUGGAAUUAUUACUUACACGGUAUGGAUUCACUUGUGAUGUUAAAUUCGUUCAUUAAAAUGUUCCUGAUUGUUAGUUUCUCCA